AUGGAUAUGAGAGCAUUGCCUGUCGCAAUGGUUGGAUCUGCAGGUCGCUCGGUGUGGACAGAUGUCGCAGAUGCGUUGGCGUACCAAGGAAAAGGAUUGAUAAAAGUCCCUUCCUAUAACCGAGGGCGAACGAAGAUCGGGUUGCAUUCCCCAUUCAAGGCCCCUGUCGCUGCCGGUCAAAGCAAGGUCCCCAGAUCCAUGCAAUUCAUGUCUGCAUGCAUCCAUCUCUCAAUCGGGCAACUUAACUUAGAUGCUGGGGAGCCGGGCAAUGGUACUCCUGAACGCGAGCAAGGACAAGGGCUUCGGCGCUGA